UCUUCGUGAGCGGUUUCCUCGGCUUAGCAACAUGCCUGCCAGAGCGUAAUUUGUCGAUCUUCGAUCGAUUCACGGUCAUGGCAAAGAAGGAAACGUUUCGCGAGCGACAAGAGAAUGAGCUAGAAGUGAUAAAGUCCAUUUUUCACGAUGAAGUUGAAGAUUUGCGUCCGAAGACAGGGAAAUGGAAACCUUUGGAGCUUCGGCUGCAUCUCACACCGCAAAGAGGAUCGGCCAAGGAGGCGUACGUGAAGGCGGACAUGUACGUAACCUGCUCGGCAAAGUAUCCAAAGUGCCCACCGAAGCUAGAGCUGAAGAAUGCCGUUGGACUAUCGGACAGUUUGGCGCGGGAGCUCACCGAGAAGCUCCAACAACUAGCGGAAGAACUGAAGGGGGAAGUAAUGAUUUUUGAGCUAGCCAACACAGUGCAAGCCUUCCUGCAUCAGUACAAUGUACCACCGAAGGGUAGCUUUUACGAUGAAAUGUUGGCCAACCAACAGAAACAAGCGCUCGCGCGCCAAAACACGCUACAGGCCGAAGAAAAUCUGAAGCGUCAAGCCAUACAAGAUGAGCUUCAGCGGCGCAAAAAAGAGCUCGAGCGUACGAGACGGGAAUCACGCCACAGCUUGAACGAAUCGAGUCCGAUGCAUCGGUUGCACUCCAGCUCAUCGACCGAGAACAGUGACGGUGCCUUCUGCAUCGAACAUCGGCGCAGCGAAUUGCUUUACUUCCGCGACGGCCGGAAAGUUCUACGGAGCACUUGUCUUGGCCAUUCUCAACGCGGUUGUAUCGCGUACGCUGGGAUCGAUCAGCAAACCGGUGAGUUAGUUUAUCUUACCGAGUGGACACUGUACUACGAUGGCGAAUCACCGGCUGAAAGCAAAACAAUUCGAGGCCGGCCGGUGGAUACAGUUGUGGGCGAUAUGGAACGGCUGCUUGAAAGUUUAAUCCCACUCAAACAUAAGCAUCUGAUCGCUUACGAAGGGAUACUGUGUCGUGUGGGCAAGGAGGCGUUAACCUUGUUUGUGAUGCAGGAAUUUAUUCUCGGAACGAGUCUGUUCAGUAUUUCCGGCUCUUUAGGAUGGAGCGUCGAGGGAGCAAGUAUGGUGGCCAAAGGAACGCUGGAAGCUUUGAUCUACCUCCACAACAAUGGUGUAUCGCACGACAACCUGUCCGAUUCGACCGUGUUUAUGGACAAUGCGGGCAUGGUACGUGUGGCCGACUUUCGUUUGAUACCGUACAUUCAAGAGUUGGGCGAUGGUCAUCACUUACUGCAUCAAUCGCUUCGCAGUCCCGAUUUGCCUGCUCUAGGAGGAUUGAUCGAAGCGCUCCUUGCACCGCACUCGGAGAUGAAAGAUUUCGUCGAAAGAUGUAAAUCGGAACGAACCAUCUCGGCCACCGAGUUGCUUGAUCAUCCCUUUCUCCGACCGACGCUAUUGCACACGGACCCAGCAAUUAUGGGUCAGCAGCAGCAGCAGCAGCAGCAGCUGAACCACCAACUAACGGUGGCAGUACAUAAAACUCAACCAGGACUAACCGCUCUCGGCCAACGCUCGGAACAUGGCCAACAACAUCUCGUCCCCUACAUGCCACUCGUAAUGAACGGAGCCGGUUCCGGGCAUGAAAAGUCACGCAUUCAGACCGAAUUUGAAUUGCUUUCCUAUCUCGGCAAGGGAGCGUACGGAGAUGUGCUGAAGGUGCGCAACAAGCUUGACAACCGAGAAUAUGCGAUCAAGCGUAUCAGACUGCCGGCUCGAAGCAAGCAGUUCUACAAGAAAAUGAUCCGCGAAGUAGAAUUGCUUUCGCGGUUAAACCAUGAAAAUGUCGUCCGCUAUUACAACAGCUGGAUGGAGGCUACUAGCGUAACGGACAGCAGUACGAUCACCGAUACGGAGGGCGAAAUGGCCGGUACGCUGAGCAGCUGCGAUUGGUCCGUAGCAAGCGGACCGAAGAGAAGAUCGAGUCGAGGGCGUCAAAGUGCUGCUGAUGCUGCAGGUGCUGACUUGGUGAAGAAAACGAUCAGCGAUAAGAACAUCGAUUGCUUCGUAGACUUUAUGCCAAAUGACUCGAGCAGCGAAGACGAUGAUGACGAUGACGAUGAUGAUGACGAUACAAAUGAUCUCGAAAGCGAGGAAAGCAGUGAUGGUAGCAGCAGCUCCGCAGAUGGCACUGAUCCCAUCAACGAUCGCCAUAAAUUAGUCGCCGCACAGGAUGCGUAUGGCGAGGACAGUUCGGGAGGGAUAGAGUUCGUCGGAUCGAACGGCGAGGCACCUUCUUACAAUAGUUAUGGAGAGGACGCGCAGGAAAAUGGAGUUGGAGGAGGCAAGAAGUUGCCGCUUGUCGCGACAACGCCUGCACUGCCCGAGGUGCUUUACAUGUACAUCCAGAUGGAGUUCUGCGAAAAGAGUACGUUGCGAACAGCGAUCGACGGUGGACUUUAUCAGGAUAUUGACCGCGUGUGGCGUUUAUUCCGCGAAAUCGUGGAAGGACUAAGCCACAUCCACCAGCAGGGAAUGAUCCACCGGGAUUUGAAGCCGGUCAACAUUUUCCUCGAUUCGCGGGAUCAGGUAAAGAUAGGCGACUUUGGUCUAGCGACAACGAGCAUUCUGGCCCUUCAGAAUCAAGGCCAUCAAAACGUCCCAUCCACCCAGAUCGAACGCCUUGCGGUGACAGGAAAUACGCAGCCGGGGAAAUCCUCCGACAUCGGGUACUCGUUGACGGGGAAGGUGGGCACCGCUCUGUACGUGGCACCAGAACUAACCGGUAAUGCGUCCCGUUCUACCUACAACCAGAAGGUCGAUCUCUACUCGCUCGGCAUAAUAUUGUUUGAAAUGAGCUCGCAACCGCUAAACACCGGAAUGGAGCGAGUAAAAACGCUGAUGGAUCUGCGCUCGAAUGAGGUUCGAUUGCCCGAAGCACUUGUUUCCGAUGCAAGCUACGGCCGGUUGGUUCAGGUGAUCCGUUGGCUGUUGAACCACGACCCGCAGAAGCGUCCCACUGCGGAGGAAUUGCUCUGUUCCGAGCUUGUUCCACGUACGCGUCUCGAGGCGGAAGAAAUACAGGACGUCGUGCGACACAUCCUAUCGAAUCCACAAUCGCGCCAUUACAAGCAUCUGAUCGCGCGCUGCUUCGGACAGGAAAGUGACCCUGUCUGUGAGCUAAGCUACCACUUCGACAUGGUACCGAUGAUACCGAUACUGCCGCGAUUCGACUACGUCAAAGCAAAGCUUGUCGCUCUAUUCCGGAAGCAUGGGGCGAUCGAGAUCGUGACGCCAUUGCUGACGCCAUACACGAAACAGCAAGCUUCCCGGUCGAGCACCGUCAAGCUAAUGACACACUCGGGCAGUGUUGUGACGCUGCCGGAUGAUCUGCGGGUGCCCUUUCUGAGGUACAUUGCGCUGAAUGGGAUCAAAAACAUUCGGCGCUAUUCGAUUGGGCGUGUGUACCGCGAGAAGAAAGUGUUCAACUUUCAUCCGAAGCAGCUGUACGAGUGUGCGUUCGAUAUUGUGACUCCCAGCAGGGGGCAUCUCAUCACCGAUGCUGAACUGCUCGCAAUCGCCACCGAUGUAAUGCGCGAGCUCGAUUUGCUCCAAGGGCGAAACGUGUUCUUCCGGCUCAAUCACAUCGGGCUGCUGCGGGCGAUACUGAUUCAUUGCAAUGUACCGCAGGACAAGUACCGCGAGCUGUUCGAGAUUGUGGCCGAGUUUCUGGAUGAAAAGAUAUCGAAAUUUCAACUGUCUUCUCUCGUGGCCGCUUUAAUGGGCGGAAGUACAGCGAAGGUUAAUGUGAGCUACUUAUGUGACGCCCUGCAGUUGGAACUUUCGUCCGUCGGUUUGCUCGGUGGAAGCAUUCUUAAAAGCAUUAUUCGUGGCAAGGGAGAGGCAGCUAGCUUAGCGAAGGUAGCUGUCCGAGAUCUGGAAACGGUGGUCGCUGCAGCUCAGAAUAUGGGCGUUCAGUGUCCGCUGAACGUGUGCCCCGGUCUGCCGGUGAACUAUGAGCGUGCGAAAACCGGCGGAAUCGUUUGGCAGAUGCUAGGUGAGCUGAAAUCGAAACGUAAGAACCCGCUCACGACGAUUGCAUUCGGAGGACGAUACGAUGGCAAGCUAGCGGAGUAUCAGAAAUCCGGAAUGCACAACGGGCUGCAGGUGCCGAAAGUGGAGCUCAGUGGCGCAGGCUUUUCCUUCAUGCUCGAUAAGCUCGUCAAUGCCGUCUCUCCGUCGGCCGGAUAUGAACCGAUUGAGGUGAUGAUCUGUGUCACCGGAUCUCGGCCGCAGCUUAAGGAGGUUGCCCAAAUCCUACGUCCACUCUGGUCGAACGGCAUCAAAACGUGCGUUUUGGAAACCAGCGCUGGAGCGGUGGACGAUCUAGGCAAGGAAGCCGGUGCCAGUGUGGUCAUUCUGGUAGGAGAUGGCGGAGAACUCCGCGUACGUUCCUGGAACCAUGAUCGCUUUCAAGAGCGACACGUCACCCGUCCCGAUUUGAUGGCAUACAUUCUGCGAACUUUCCGCCGUUCGGAUGUAGCCGUUGGUGAAAUUUCACAAGCCUUACAGAACACCGCUCUGGGCGGAUCGUCUGCAUCCGCAUCGUUUUCCUACUCAUCGUCCUUCACGGCCACCUCAACAUCCGCCUCAAUGAAGCUUAGUUCCGCUGCAUCAGCUGCUGCCGCCAGCCAACAGCAACCAAUCAACAGCGCUCCAGCACUGGAUCUCGUGUUUCUUACCAGCGAAAAGGUAAACACGAGCAAAAAGCGCCGCUACGAGCAUCAAGUGGAGCAUAAGCUGGGCCCCGUACUGUCAAAGUUUCAUCGUAAGGAAAAGGUUACGCUGAUGAUGGUGGAUGUACCGAGUGCGCCGCUGCGAGGGCUGGUCGGUUUGAUUGAUCCGCUCGAGUGUGGAUCUCAGGAGGAUGAAGAUAUGUUGCACGGGGCCACUGCUGAUCGCGCAGAAUUGCAAGCCCUGUGUGAACGUUAUCCCAAGUACAAGAAGCAGCUGAUGGAAAUUUACAACGAUAUUGUCGAUCUGUUCACCCAAAGCAAGGGAACGACACCCAUCGUCGGAUUGUACAGUGUCAUCGACACAUUCUGCCGGUUGAUUCUGUGAGAAAGCAGCGGAACGCUUCAGUCGCACACGCUUACCUGUGUGGCUUUUUAUAUGAAACAUUGUUUUAGGUCUUUUGUAGGCUGGAAUAGUGUAAAAGUGGUAUCAAACCAGAUACAAAAUUAUAGUAUAUUGUUGUACAAAAUGAA